AUGUGUUCACAUAACUAUUCACAUACACGACGACGAGAAAGUGUGGAAUUUCUUUUAAACUUGAUUAAAGGAAAUUACACAAAAAGAAAAAAGAAAAAUACUUUCCUGCCUUAUAUAGCAGGGGAGAGCGCGGGUGCAAACAUUGCCCACAACGCAUCGGUUCGGGCCGGGUCGGAGGGGCUUCCGGACGGUGUCAAACUGGUGGGCGGGUGCCUGGUUCAUCCGGAUUUUGCGAGCAAAGAACGCGUGCUGACUGACGUGUGGGCUUUUGCUAACCCGACAUCAGUCGGGCUGGACGACCCUCAUGUGAACCCGUCGAAGGAUGCGGGUUUAUCGAAGAUUCCUUGGGAGAGGGUGCUGGUAAUGUUAACGGAGAGAGACUUCUUGAGGGCGGGCGGGUUGUUUUAUUAUGAGACAAUGAAGGAAUUAAGCGGGUGGGGCGGGUGUGUAGAGAUGAUGGAAACUGAGGAGGAGGAGCACGCUUUCCAUCUGUUUAACCCGACUUGUGAUAAGGCCGUGGAUCUCGUUAAGAGAAUCGCAUCUUUUCUCAACACCAACCGUGGCUAAUUAAUAUUAUUGUGCAAUAAUAAAUGUUAUAAGUGAAUCCUAUA